ACUGCAGCGGUGAAGCCCUCGAGCUCUUCCACUCUAUGCCAGAGCGUAACAUCAUCACUUACUAGUUACAAGCCAUGGUCUCCGCUUUGGUUCGUAGCGGCAAAACUCGUAGACGCAUGCAAGUUGUUCGACAAUAUGCCUGACAGUAACUCAGCCUCGUGGAACACGCUGAUAUCCGGGUAAGUUGAGCGCGGGCGCUUGGCAGGCCGAUGCGCGGCACCUUUUCGACCAGAUGCCGACGACCAUCCAUCAUCGCGAUGUGGUUGGUCUCUUGGACGGCUCUCAUAUUAGGCUACUGCCGCGCUGGUGACGUCUCUGAGGCGUACGAUCUCUUCUCUAUCAUGACCCCGAAUCGCAACGUUGUGUCUUGGACGGUUAUGAUUGGAUGUUUCGUUUGGAACGGGUUCCACAAGGAUUGGGAUGAUGAAUCGGACGGCUGAUGUUAAGCCAAACAAGGAAACCAUACUUUCACUCAUCUACGCCGGCUCUGGGAUCGGGUUUCCCAGUCUGGGUGCACUAAUCCACGGAUAUCUAACCGUCCAUUUCGUGGGCGGAGUGGGAGAGGGCGAGCAUGUUAAAAUUCCAAAACCCAAUUCUUGCAAGCAGGUGACAAAACCCCUAGCAAAACCCCUUCCAGUUCUUCCAUCAUCCUCCCGCUUCCCCAAGUCCAAUUGAAGCCAUGAUUCUCACCAGGAAACCCAAGAGAUCCCUCAAUGUCCACCCCCAAAUCCUUCUCUUCUACCAGAACUACGUAGAUGUCAAGAUGAAAUGGAAGAAAGACCUCUACUUUGAUACCAUCCCCAUCAUCAACAAAUCUAAAGAACUCCGACCCCUACUCGCCCUCAAAGACAUCAUCGCCGCCGAUCCCACCGGCGCUAUCCCCGUCUCAACCGUCUCCAAGCGCGCCCGUUCUCUCGAGAUAUCCGGCCGCGUCGCCAGUUUUCUCCGCAAGCAUCCCGCCAUUUUCCAAGAGUUUGUCGGCCCCAAGUAUAAUCUUCCCUGGUUUAAGCUCACUCAAGAAGCCAUUGAUCUUGAUCUUGAGGAAAGUUCGGUUUUUGAAGCCUGCUGGCCGAAGAUCGUCGACCGGUUGCGGAGGCUUGUGUUGAUGUCUCGAGAGAAGGUGCUGCCUUUGAGUAUAGUUCAGGGGAUGCUUUGGUUUUUAGGUUUGCCUGAAGAUUAUCUUAAGAGAGAGCAAGAGAAUCCUAGUGGAUAUUUUCAGAUUGUAGGAUUGGGUGAUGGAGAAGAAGGUUUGAAAGCUGUGGUUGAUCCUAGGGAGACUGUUCUCUCUGCUUUACAGAGGAAUACGUUGGGGCAGUUGGGUGGAUCAGCAGAGGAACUGCCGUCCGUGUUGCCAUUCCCUUUAUUUCCUUCUAAAGGGUUGAGAUUAAAGAGAAAGAUUGAAUCUUGGCUGGAUGGAUUUCAGAAUUUGGAGUAUGUGUCUCCUUAUGAGGAUUUUUCAAGCUUGGAUCCAAGUAGUGAUGUUUCAGAGAAACGGGUAGUGGGAGUUCUACAUGAGUUAUUGAGUUUAUUUGUUGAUUGCUCUGCAGAGAGGAGGAAGCUGCUUUGCUUGAAGAAGCAGUUAGGGUUGCCACAGAAGUUCCACAAAGUGUUUGAGAGGUAUCCUCAUGUGUUCUACUUGUUGCUUAAGAAUAAGACUUGCACUGUUGUUCUUAAGGAGCCCUAUUGUGCGGGAUCAGCAACUGCAAUUGAGAAGCACCCAAUGUUCUCUAUCCGGAAAAAGUAUGUGAAGUUGAUGAAUAAAUCACAAGAGAUAUUGAGGAACCGCAGGAGUGGGAAGCCUAUGAAGCAGCACUCUGAUGAUGAUGUGGAUGGAAAUGUGGAUGAUUCUGCUACUGAAGAGGACUCUGAGGAACUGUUUAGAGUUGCAGAAGAAACCAUGGGGAAUUAGCUCCGGAAUUUUCUAGCAAAGCAGAUGGAUUAAGAAAUGAAGACAAUUUAUUUGUUGCUUUUGAAGCAUGGGAAGAUGAGAAUAUGGCAAAUGGGCAGGUGGAUGAUGGAUAUAGUGAUGUAGAAGAUCCUAGUCCCCUCAUCAGUAACCACACCAGGUAAAUAAAGUUGAUAUUUAAUAUGAUAAGUUAUCCAAACAAGUUGAUGUCCAUGCUUUGAAAGAUUUGCUGUGGACUCACAUGGAGCAUUCUGUUAAGGCAUAUGAGGAGGUGAACCAGUUCUCUUUUUCUCAAAUGGAUGAGUAUGCUACUACUUGUAUGUUGCUAAUCCUAGCCAUUCUAGUGGAAUGAAUCAUCUCAAAUGAUUUGCCUUUAAUAUUGUACAUAUGAUUUUGUCAGCAAAUUUUUUCACUUCACUAGUUCUAAGAAAUUCUAAGAUAAAUUGAAAUAUUAAUUAUCUGGUGCAUUUGAAAGAUCCUUGCUUAUUACCUGAUGGCAAU